AUGCCUUUAGACCCUAAUCAUGUAGAUGCUGCCGAAAUUUCAGACACAUGGAUCAAACUGGAUUGGAAUAGAACAGUUUUUAACAGUUUAAUGAAAGAAUACAAGUUACAAAAUUCGAAACGUCAUGAAUCGAAGAAACUUAUUCCUUCCUGCCAAAUGAGCUACUUUAUUCAAAAAGUUAAAUUCAAAUAA